CAAAACCUUAUAUUGCUAUCCUGAUUGAUGCAUUCUGGAGUGGUAGCCAGGCACCAUCUAGUUCUUCCGGUCGGUUUCUCCUUUUAAAAUCCAGUCUUCUGCUUUUCCUAGGACAGAAUGCUUUUGUCUUAUUUUCCUGAAAACUGCAAAGCCUCGUGCCGAAAUAUCUCACUUUGUAUUUGUCUUUUACAACUCUAGCAGCAUAGGAACUUGGGUACUUGCUUACACUUCAAGGUUGUAAACUUCUUGGAGGCAAGAACUGUCUUUUUGUACCUGCAUGCUCUAAAUUCUUGACAUCAUCCCUUGAACCUAAUUGGUAAUCAGUAUUCUCUAGUAGGUAACUUUUUUUUUAAUGUAUUGCAGAUAACCCAGAAGAUAACAACAAGAUACCUACAACAAGAGGAUCCUGCAAGAUUUACCCUAGACUGUCGAACUGAAAGACUAUGUUUUUGAACCACCGUUUUUAAAGACAUUGAAAAUACAGAGAAAACAAUUUGUUCUCCUAUGCCAGACAUAUAGAUAAAGGGUGCUUCUGAUGCAGCUGAGAAAAAUGCAGACCAUCAAAAAGGAGCAGGCCUCACUUGAAACGACUAGUAAUGUGGACAAGAUGAUGGUCCUUAAUUCUGCUUUAACUGAGGUAUCCGAAGACUUGACAACGGGCGAGGACCUCCUCCUCAAUGAAGGAAACGUGGGGAAAAACAAAUCCUCCGCCUGUCGGAGAAAGCGGGAAUUCAUUCCUGAUGAGAAGAAAGAUGCCAUGUACUGGGAAAAAAGGCGGAAAAAUAAUGAAGCUGCCAAAAGGUCUCGUGAGAAACGUCGACUGAAUGACCUGGUUUUAGAGAACAAAUUAAUUGCGCUAGGAGAAGAAAAUGCCACUUUAAAAGCUGAACUACUUUCACUGAAAUUGAAGUUUGGUUUAAUUAGUUCCACAGCAUAUGCUCAAGAGAUCCAGAAACUCAGUAACUCUGCAACUGUGUAUUUUCAAGACUAUCCAACUUCCAAAUCGAAUAUCAGCUCAUUUGUGGAUGAGCACGAACCCUCAGUGGUCACAAGUAGCUGUAUUUCUGUCAUUAAGCACUCUCCACAGAGCUCUCUGUCUGACAUUUCAGAGGUGUCGUCAGUCGAACAUACUCAGGAAAGUCCUGUUCAGAAUAGCUGCCAAAGCCCUGAAAACAAAUUCCAAAUCAUAAAACAAGAGCCAAUGGAACUGGAGAACUAUACAAGAGAGCCAAGAGAUGACAGAGGCCCCUAUACAACAUCUAUCUAUCAAAACUACUUAGGAAAUUCUUUUUCUGGCUACUCACACUCUCCACCUCUGUUACAGGUCAAUUGCUCCUCCAGUAACUCUCCACGAACAUCAGAGAUGGAUGACGGUGUGGUAGGAAAGUCAUCUGAUGGAGAAGAUGAGCAACAGGUUCCCAAGGGCCCAAUCCACUCGCCUGCUGAACUUAAACAUGGACAAUCAACCGUGGUGAAGGAUCCAGAAGUGAAUUCCUCUGCGUUGCCACAUAAGCUUCGGAUCAAAGCCAAAGCCAUGCAGAUAAAAGUAGAAGCAUUGGAUAAUGAAUUUGAUGCCACACAAAAAUUGUCCUCGGCUCUUGACAUGACAUCAAAAAGACCGUUUGAACCUGAAAAGCAUAAUGCUCCAAACAUGGUACACCCUUCUCUCACUCCCUUCUCAGUGCAAGUGACUAACAUCCAAGAUUGGUCUCUUAAAUCAGAACACUGGCAUCAAAAAGAACUUAGUGGCAAGACCCAGAAUAGUUUCAAAUCUGAAGUGGUUGAAAUUAAAAACAGUGUCUACAAAGUUUCUGACCCAGAGAAUUUGUAUUUGAAGCAGGGGAUUGCAAACUUAUCUGCAGAGGUUGCCUCACUUAAGAGAUUUAUAACUACACAACAGAUCUCUGCUUCAGAUUCUGGGUAAACUACUACUGAAUGGUAUCUGACUGUUCAGGAAGAUGUCAUUUGCAAUAGAUGAGUAUGUUUUGUAUUAUGCUGAAUUUUCACUGGACCUGUGGUGUCAUUUCACUGUAAUGUUCACAUGUUGUCUGUUUGUUACCUUUUGGUGCCCAAAUUAUUAUGAAGAUUAGAUUGUGUUAUCACUAUGCCUUGUGUAUAGUCAAAUAGUCCACACAAAAGCUGUACAUAUUAAACAUUAUUUUUGUUGUUCUACUAUAAAAUGUGCAAGUUACCAGUUUCAAUAAAGGAUUGGUGACAAAACA